GUCACCCUCUGUCACGCCAGCCGGCCGACCCACAACCCGUAGUUACACGUUUUAUAUUGCUCUCAUAAUGAAGCACUCUUAAAAAUGACAUAUUCGCGGUGUUUGGUGGCUGUGGAAAACGCGCGCGGUUGAUCUGACCGAUCAGUGAUAAGGUUUCAGUGUUUCACAAUAAUGCAUUUACACUUCGAAAGGAACGUAAACGCAAAAUGCGACUGCACGAUUCUGUCGCUGUCGUGGAUGGGCAAAGUUCCCGACGAGCUGCCAGAGGAGGAGGGGUGGAAGCUGAACCGCAACAACUACUACCAGGAGGGCUGGCUGGCGACUGGCAACGUGCGAGGUGUAGUGGGCGUCACCUUCACCUCCUCGCACGCGCGCCGUCCGCAUGACCUGCCCGCGCGCACCAACUACAACUUGCGGGGACACCGCUCUGAUGUAAUUCUGGUGAAAUGGAACGAACCGUACCAGAAGCUGGCGUCGUGCGACAGCUCGGGGGUGAUCUUCGUGUGGAUCAAGUACGAGGGGCGCUGGAGCAUCGAGCUCAUCAACGACCGCAGCACGCCCGUCACGCACUUCUCGUGGUCGCACGACGGGAGAAUGGCGCUGAUAUGUUAUCAGGACGGUUUCGUGCUGGUGGGUUCGGUGGCCGGGCAGCGCUACUGGUCGUCGAUGUUGUCGUUGGACGCGCGCAUCACCUGCGGCUGCUGGACGCCGGACGACAGCCAGGUGUACCUCGGUACUGCGUCCGCGCAGCUCGUCGUCAUGGACGUGCAUGGCGCGAUGGUGUCACAGGUGCAACUGGUAGCCGAGGGAGGAAUAAACUCAAUGGCGUGGUCGUGCGAAAAGUUCAAAAUGGAGGAGGGUGAGGAGGCCGGGGAGAGUGGUGGCGGUCAUGUGCUGGCGGUGGCGCUGGGCAGCGGGGAACUGGUGCUGCUGCGAGGUCAUGAUGACGUCAGCCCCGUGCGGAUCAGCACCGGCCUGCGGGGCCACACAUUAGCCAUGGAAUGGGCUAACUCCAGGGAGCUACUCGCUGUGGCUGGCACUUUGAUUGCUGAGCCAAACGAACCGGAGGACUCGCCGCCCUAUAAAAACGUUGUGAAAUUCUACUCCGACAACGGCGCGCUUAUUUACACCGUCCCUAUUCCCUACACCCAGUCGCUGGUGACGGCGCUGACGUGGGGGCACGCGGCGCGGCGCCUGUUCGUGGGGCUGGGCGGCGCGGUGUGCACGGCGCGCGUGUGGCGCGUGGUGGCGCCGCUGCAGCUGCUGGCGCGCGUGCGGGCCGCCGCCGCGCUGCGCCACCCGCGCCUCGCCGCGCGCCUGCCGCUGCCGCCGCGCCUGCAGCCCGCGCUCGCCAGCCUCUUCGCGCACACCAUCCGCUGCAACGUGCCCGAGGCGGCGGAGCUGCGGCGCUUCGUGUCGCGCGCGCCGGUCGCGGGCGGGCGCCUGCACUGCACCAUGCUGCGACACGAUGACGAGGAGGCGGGCGCCUACACGCUGUACCUGGAGCACCUGGGCGGGCUGGUGCCGCUGCUCAAGGGCCGCCGCACCAGCAAGAUCAGGCCCGAGUUCGUCAUAUUCGACCCGCAGGGAGAAGAAGGCGUACCGGGUAGCGUGCGCGAGUCGAGCAGCAGCAGCAGCGGCGCCACCAGCGCGUCGAGCAGCGGCAGCGGCGGCAGCAUCGGCGGCGGCAUCUCGUCCCCGCGCCCGCCGCGCACGCCGCGCGCACCGCGCCGCCCGCCGCGUCCACAGGAGGACUCGUGCUCCUCUGACACAGAGCGAGAAGAUGGUUGUUCGGGAUCUCCACGAUUGCAGAGACGUAGACGAGCUCGCGAGCGACGUAAAACACGAAACUCAAAGGACGAAAAGGAUGAAGCUCCUGAUGAAUUAGCCUACAUAGAUUCCUUACCCGAGGAUGUUCGGCUAGUUGAAGUAACAUCUAACAUCUGGGGAACGAAGUUCAAAAUGCAUGGAUUGGCUAAAAACGUACCAGCAAAUCUUGGCCAAGUUACGUAUAAAACGUCCUUGUUACAUCUGCAGCCGCGACAGAUGACGCUGACGAUAACAGAACUAAGAGAUGACUAUCCUGUGGAUCCAGAUCCUACUUUUAAUCCUAACAUAUUUUCGGAGGACGAAGAGGAAGUUUUCCCAAAUAGUGAAACAAAUUCGCCAUCGCAUAUGAAUAAUAACAUAAGGAAAAAAUUCAAUCCUCUAAUUAUGACCGAUAGAAUGACUAACACGAAUAACAUAAUAAAUCAAACCGAAAUAUAUUCGCCUAACAAUAAUUCUAAUCCAUCCUUAGCCAGAGCGGAGUCGUACGAUGAAUUCCCGUUUAUAGAUACAAGCACAAACGAUACUGUAAAUAAUGUGUCCGAAAAUGUUUACAAUUCUAAUUCAGUUCGGCAUCCCACUCAGCCUGCCGAGAGACGCGUAAAUAAUUCCUCUACAGUGCCAAAUCGACACGCGAUAUCACCGUUAAGAUGUGAAAGUUCCGUUCCUACGUUGCAAUCACCAAAAAACGCUGUAGCACCAACAGACAUCAUAUUCGAAAGACCGUCGCCACAAACGGUCACUUGCGGAGGCAGAGGAGACUUUUGCGGAGGCCGCACUGAUUACACAGUAAGGGAAAAUGGACCUCUCAAAGGAAACCUAUCCAACAUAGAACAGCAACCGUUCAGUCUAAAUCUAAGUCUGGAACCUAGUAGGCAAGUUACUAUUAAAAAAUGCGACAACCACGUCACAGAUAACUGCUUAUCGAAACUGCGGAAAAACAUUUGCAGCAGAGGCGAAUCUUCCUUUGAAGUGAACGCCAGAAUUCUUAAAUCUUUGUGUAAUAAGAAUUAUGAGCACGAAGUCCAUCCGGACGCUAUGAUCAAACGCGCGGACACACUGAAAAACGUACAAAAGGGCGAGGACUUGAAAUACAUUGAUGAAGAGACUCCCGUGGACACAAAUAUAAACAAUGUCACGGACAAGGUUCGUGAGACCAGAGUGCAGAGAACGACGACUGUGGUACCGAUCAGCCCCGUGUGCGCCAACAUUCCGGUGUACGACACGAUGACGCGCAGCUGCAGCGUGGGUUACUUGGACCUGGUCGAUCCUCAAGUGUUACACGCCCAAGUCAGUCUGACCGCCCUGCGCGGCGAGCCGCCACGACGUCUCAUACUUGUCAACAAUAAACGCCAGCGACGCCCGCGACGUUAUUUAAAAUCAAACGACAAUAAACAAACAGAAUGUUUCAAAACCCCUAGUCUGAAAAAAUGCGGGAAGUCGAAGAGUCUGGACUCUGGAGAGCUGUCGAUUACCGCCGAUAAAGGGAAGCGGCAGAUAAAAGUAGAAUCUAGUGCGAAGAAUGAGAAUGUUUCAGCGAAUUCUAGCAGCAGAUGCAACAGUACAGGGGAAGACAACAGCGGGACAAGCACGGAGGAGGGGCGCACGCGACGGUCGCGGCGGGACCUCGUGUCGUGCAGCGCAUGUCGCGUCGUGGCGCCUCGCGAGCGCCGCGACUCGGACGCGCCAUUCGUGUGCGCGAUGUGCUGCGCCCCCACCCCCGCUGCGCCGCGUCCCGCUCCCCCGCCGCCGCUCACAGACAGUGACUCCGACUACAGCAAGUAUUAUAGUUCGCUGGAGCAGCUGGCACUGCGACUGCUAGCGUCUCGCUCCAAGCGGAGCGCGGGCGAGUCCAGCGCCAUCUCUCGCGAGAGCAGCUCAGCGCCCGCGUCGCCGCGACUGGCGCGCUCCGCCGCCUCCCCCGCGCCCUCCUCGCCCGCCCCGCGCGCCUCCCGUCGGCAGCGGUACUCUUCUGCGUCGCCUAUUAGACAAUUGCUCAACUCGCCUCUACUCAACCGAAGAAGGAACAAGAAGCUGUCGGAGAGCUCCGACGACGAGUACUCGAACGGCUACAAUGAAGUCAACAGCAAGAACUACCGAGAUCUCGAAAGUUUCCAGAAAGCGCAGCUUCGGAAUAAGCUCAAACGCGCUGGCGGUAACCUCAACGCGGCGGCGGCGGGCGCACCCGACGGCCGCAACAGCGCGCGCCGACAGCUCGUGAUGCACAACAAGGCGCCCAUGUGGAACGAGAACAGCCAGGUGUACCAGCUCGACUUCGGCGGCCGAGUCACGCAGGAGUCCGCCAAGAACUUUCAGAUCGAGUACCAUGGCAAACAGGUGAUGCAGUUCGGACGAAUCGACGGCAACGCGUACACACUGGACUUCCAGUACCCGUUCUCAGCGCUGCAGGCCUUCGCGGUGGCGCUCGCCAACGUCACACAAAGACUCAAAUGAGCACUCGCCGUCAGUUACAGCAAGCGGCUGUGCUCCUACGGCUUCUACAACCGCUGCGGAGCUUGAACGCAAGGCUGUAUUGUGGGUUACGUGCUAUAUGGACUCCGUUCUGUAGAGUUUUCGAACCGGAUUUUGGCUUCUUCCAACCUCAGAUUCACAAUUCUUAAGGUUUCACCACCUGAUACGAGUAGCUUAUUCAAUAUUUUCUUUCAAUAUUCAAUAUGUUAUUUGUAAGUAAGAAAGUAACAAAACUUAGUCCUCAUUCGCACGAGAGUUACAGAAGCGGAGCGUUAAAACCCAGCAUUGGCGGACGAAGCGUACAUACAGUACAGCAACACUGCUCGAUGAGCGAGCGAGCGUCCUGUGUAGAAAAACUUUCGUGCGAAUGAGGGCUAACGGUUAGACUUUCCUGUCAAAAUAGGUGAAAUCGACCCCUAAUGUUCUUGUUUAUGAGAUGUUGCAAUGUAAAAUGAACCUGCUGCACUUUGUUUUAAAGCUUAUCGGUAUGGUCUACGAACUUUCACAACCUGUUCUACCAGCGGUGUGUUUCUCAAAUAAGUAACUAACUUCUGUAAAUUAAUAAGUUUUAGUAAGUUUAACAUAUUAUUAAAGUUGCUAAUGGGAUUUCAAAGUAAAUACCUGUAUAUGCAGACGAUCUAUAUUUGUCGACGCGUUUUAACAAACACAAUACAGCUGGUGAGUUUUUUUUUACGUUAGCAACUUUUUUGUAAUAUGGUUGAACCACUUUAUCAUCAAAUCUCAGCAUUUAACGCUCAUAUUUCUUGUACAUAGUAGACAACUCUUUGCAAAACUUUGACAAACACACAGAGGUCAGGAACAUUUUUUGUUUGUUGAGUAUGUUUGUCAAUAUUUUUUGCGCAAUAGUUAAUUGCAUUUAUGUGUAGUAAUUUAUUCGACCUGACUAUUGAUCAAUAUUCCGAUCCCAAUAUUUUUUUUCUAUAUUGCUACAAAUUUUAGCAGGUAUGUUAGUGUGUCUAAAUUAACACUAUUUAGUGUGUUUAGUUGUGAAUUCUGUUGUACAUUUUAUUUGAAGGCGGUUUCAAUGUCUUUUUGUAAUAUACCUACUCUGUAAGUUAUUGAAAAGCAUAGGUAUUGACAACGUCGCUGUGCAAUUCACCGAUAGAAACAUACCUACUAUUGUCAAUGAGUAUGAUUCUGUCUGUCUGUAUAAAAGAGACGCGAUAGCCCAGUGAAUAUGACCUCUGCCUCGAUUCGGGGGACGUAGGUUCGAGGUCCGGGGCAUACUUUUCAGUUAGGUAUGUGCAUUAAAAAAAAUAUCACGUGUCUCAAACGGUGAAGGAAAAACAACGUGAGGAAACCUACAUGCCUGAGAAUUUUCUUAAUUCUCUACAUGUGUGAAGUCUGCCAAUCCGCAUUGGGCCAGCGCCAGCGUGGUGGCCUAAGGCCUAACCCCUCAUUCUGAAAAUAGAUUCGUGCUCAAAAGUGAGCAGAAUUGUUAAUGAUGAAAAUAUCCUAAAGGCAAUAAAAUUAAUUACAAAUGAAGGUACAACAGAUUAAACACAAUUGUUGAUUUUGUUAGCAAUUAGUGAUUAGAUUGUAAAAUAGAUAGGUAUUACCGAGCAUAUGAAAUUUAGAAUACCAAUGUAGUUAAUUCACUGAUGUAAAUAACAUUCUUGUAAUGGUUGCAUUUAAGUUUUUCUGAAUCCACUAAAACUGUUUUUUUUAAACGUAGACAUUGGUAACGAAACACUCAAUAGGGAAUAGAGAAACAUUUAAAGCUAUUGGGACCAUAACAGAUUCGGUCGUCGAUGCCUUGCGUGUUAUUAUUGUAAACAUCAACUGUUGUUAUAUAUUUUAGUAGCUUAAUACCUAUUUAAUAAAGUUAAUUAGACGUCGAAAAAAUACGCGAAAUACUGAUCCAUUCAAGCUAUUUAUUUUGCGCAGGACCUUACAGUAAAUAGUAUUACUAACUGAUGUCUUAAAUUUAUUAUAAUCCUUUAAAAAUAAAUGAAAUGUGUCUAAUUUAAGUAACUAAUUAGUUAGUGAAUACUGUUAGUUUUGUGUCAUUUAUAUGAUACAUACUUCUAUUCUCUGUUCCAUAGAGUUAUUUAUACUAGUUAAGUAAUAUUAAUUAUGUGUACUAGAUAUUAAUUCGACGCUUUCAUCCACGUAUACCUUUACGAUGAAAGUGUGGGCACAGAUGAUUUUUUUGUUUGUAUAAUAGGUGGUAAUUAUUGUAAGAUUUUAAUUAAUAAUGUUAUUUCACCGUUUUUUAAUGUGGCCUUCUCUUCAGUCUGUUAGGCAGGUGCAAGUCCUAUUAAUUAACUAGGUUGGCCACGAUUUAGGAUCAGCGCCUUGCUUGUGUUGAAAUUAACGCAAUGAAUAGGUAAUUAACACUAAAAUUAAUGUGCGAAAAUCAUGUAAGUUGUUUCUUGAGAUAACAGGUUCGAGUAUUUCGCUGCUUAAUUUGCGAUACGCUUGGAAAACAUCGCGAAUAUGCUAUGUAUUCCGGCCCUUAGAUGCGGUAAUAAUUGGCGUAUGGCUAGGAUCAUUCUCUAGGGGGCGGGUGCAACCUAGCUUCGGGAGAUUACAUCUCCAGUAUACGGACUGACAUAGUGGCGCGUUCAUACAAACACUUCAACACUUGGAUGUACCUGUAGUCGAUCAACACUUGGAUGUACCUGUAGUCGAUCCGGCAUCUCUGCAAAGACCUCAGCACAGCCCAAGUUUUCACCGAAUCAAGAGCUUUCUCAUAGUCCACAAACGCUAAGCAUAGUGGCUUGUUAUAAUCUUCGGUCUUCUGUAUUCACACCCCCCCCCCCCCCCUCGUAUAUAUACGCCUAUGGGUAGGUAUAGUCUGAACGAAUUAGACUGAUUCUUCUCAAGCUCAUACUCUUGUCUCACCUCUAAAGCGUGGCCAACAAGUUGCAAAGUUUUGAACUAUAAAACCAGUUAUACUACAUUACUUUAUUGACUGUCAUGUUUUUUUUUAUUAAUUGCACCCAGAACUAUUGAUGCAAUUAAUUAAUUAUUAUUAUUCACGUACGUAUGAUCUUAAAGAAAAAAAAUACUCUGCAUAUUAUUGCAAACAGGCAAAUAUUUAAAAAUUAGAGUUUUGUUACCCGUUGUAUCUACAUUAUUAUUCAAUGUACAGAACUAUAUAUAGGAACGGUGUUUAUUCUUUAAACCUUUUAGUGAUAAACAAAUUAUAAUAAAACCAUAUUAUAUAGUUUGUUUUCAUUAGACUAAGUAAGACUUUGUUUUUAUGUUUUUCCAUUAUUUCACGUUAAUUUUAAGUUCGAUUAUGUAACUAUUUAACUAAUAACUGUUGGUGUAAUAUAGUUCGGUGGUAUAGGUAACAGUAUGCACGUGAGAUGUUAUAACCUCUUAGAGUUUUCCGUCUGUCUUUAGUUGUAAUAACAUCUCAGUGAUAUAUGAUAAGGUGAAAAUAUUUACGUACUUACUAGUUACUUACCUAGUUAUUAAAAUGAAUGUCCAGUUUUGAUUGUUAAGUACAAUUUAAUAGUUUUUAAAGUAAGCGUUUUGGGAAUUGCAAUUUUGUGUCUUUUGUAUCUUAAGUUAAGCUGCUAUUCUGUCAGAGAAUAUUGCAAAGUCAGGAAAUUUUCAGACAGCAAACCGUGCGAGUAAGGCUUGUUAAAACUGCUUGUUAUGCUAGAGGCACAUGA